AUGUCUAUGGAUAUUCGUUCAUUUUUUGGCCGUGGAGCGAAACCACCCAAAGCACCUGAACCGGCCAAGACCCCUAGCACCAAACGGAAGGCUGUAAUUAUCAGCGACGAUGAAGAAGACACCAAAGUCUCGCCCCGUUCUUCGAAACAGACUGAGAAGGGCGGCCUAUCAAAUAACGCCGGUGUGCUGAAGAAACGGCGUGUUAUUGAUUCGGACGAGGAAGAAAAAAGUCCUGCGAAGAAGAAGGUUGAAAAUGCUAAGCCUAAGUUGGAAAAGCUAAAGCCAGUUAAUGUGACGGACAUCUUUAGUUCCGAACCGGUAAAGCGUGUGGAAUUGCCAAAGAUUCCUAAAAAGAAAGCACUCGAACCAGUGGAACAGCUAAAGUUAGACGAGGAGGAUGAUGAUGUCAUUCCGGUGACACCGCAGCCUGAGAAGAAAAUGGCAAGAACGGAUAGGAAUGGAAAUGAACGCAGUGUUAAAAGCACACCGGAAAACCUGAAGCAAUCAUCACCGGAGAAGAAAGCUGUAAAGAAGGAAGUGAGCGACGAAGGCGAUGUUAAACCGAAGAAAAGUCCUGUAAAACAAAAAUCUCUCGAACAAAAGUCGCCGGAUGAGAGUAAACCCACCAAAAAGGCUGCGAAAAAGAACGAAAGCAGUGCAUCAGAUUACAACGAUCCAAAUGAAUCCAUUCUUACCGAUGAGGAGCGCCAUGAACGUAAACGGCUGUCGGCUAUUUUGUAUCAAAAGUUUAAAAACCGUCAAGGUCCGGCCAAUCCGGGUUCGAAGGAAAUACCCGAAGGAAAGCCCAACUGUUUGCAGGGUAUGCAGUUCGUCAUAACCGGUGUGCUGGAGUCUAUGGAGCGGGAUGAGUGUGCUCAGGUGAUUAAAGAUCUUGGAGGCAAAGUGGUUGGUGCUGUGUCCAAAAAGUGCACUCAUAUGGUUGUUGGCGAAGAUGCCGGGCCGAAAAAGAUCGCCCAAGCAGAAGAUCUUGGCAUUGAGACGCUAAGUGAAGAUGGUCUGUUGGAUCUGAUAAGGGUGAAGUCGGGGCAGAAAUCGUUGAAAAAGGAUAGCUCAACUAACCAAUCGAAAGGACCAGAGAGCAGCAGCAGCAGCAGUAGCAGCGUCAAAAGAAAGGAGUCUCCAAGUGAGACAAAAGAGACGAAAAAAAUUAAAACAGAACAAUCACCAAAUGCACGAUCCCCUGGCAAAUCCGGGAAGGAAUCCAUUAAAAUGGAAAAAUCUCCCAAUGCACGAUCACCCGGAAAAUCAGCCAAUUUGAAGGAAUCCAUUAAGGUAAAGGUAGAAAAAUCACCCAACACGAAGCAGUCUGCAGAAGUAGCAAAGACGUCCCCCCGUAAGGCAGCAGAACAUGCGUCUCCAGCAACGGUGAUUAAAUCUGAGCUAACUAGCUACCAAAAAGACAUAAACAGCAUAGACAACAUGGCUUGGGUGGACAAGUAUAAACCUACCAGCACGAAGCAGAUCAUUGGACAGCUGGGCGCGAACAGUAACGUUCAAAAGUUGACCGUAUGGCUAUCGAGCUGGUACAAGAACAAUGAUGGCACCAAAAAACACGCCAAACCCAAUCCGUGGGCAAAGAAUGAUUCGGGAGCAGCCUAUAAAGCCGCUUUGCUCUCUGGUCCUCCAGGAGUGGGUAAAACUACCACCGCCACAUUGGUGUGCAAAGAGCUGGGUUUCGACACGGUGGAAUUCAAUGCAUCGGACACACGCAGCAAGCGGUUGUUGAAGCAAGAGGUUUCGGAGUUGUUGAACACUAAGUCCCUCGCAGGAUAUUUCGGAGGCAGAAGCGAAAAGGUCUCUAGCAAACACGUACUGCUGAUGGACGAGGUGGACGGUAUGGCGGGCAACGAGGAUCGUGGCGGUAUGCAGGAGCUGAUCGCGUUGAUAAAGGAUAGCCACAUUCCGAUCAUCUGUAUGUGCAACGAUCGCAACCACCCGAAGAUAAGAUCGCUCGUUAACUACUGUUUCGAUUUGCGCUUUAGUAGGCCACGAGUGGAGCAAAUCAAGGGAGCCAUGAUGUCUGUAUGCUUCAAGGAGCAGAUGAAAUUGUCUCCGGGCGUGCUAGAAGAGAUCAUUGCCGGUACGGGAGGUGACGUGCGGCAAACGUUGAACCACCUGGCGCUAUAUAGUGCAGGGAAAUCAAUGGUCGCUUCCCUAUCGGUGGAUGCAGCGAAGAAGGCAGCAAAUACGGCAAAGAAAGACAUUAAGAUUGGCCCGUGGGAUGUGAUCAGGAAAGUGUUUUCCGCCGAGGAUCACAAGAGUAUGACGCUCAACGAUAAGGCAGACUUAUUUUUUCAAGAUUACAAUAUUGCGCCUCUCUUCGUGCAGGAGAACUAUCUUAAGGUUCAACCGAAAGCACCCAGAACGGAGUGGUUGGACCGGAUUGCGAUGACGGCGGAUAGUUUAAGCCGCGGCGAUAUGGUUGAACGCAGGAUAAGAUCGAACAUGGCAUGGACACUGCUGCCGGUGCAAGCGAUGUUCAGUUCGGUUAUGCCGGGCGAGUUCAUGGAGGGACACUUUACUGGGCAGAUCAAUUUUCCGGGCUGGUUGGGAAAAAAUUCCAAAUCGACCAAACGCAAACGGUUGGCGCAGGAGAUACACGAUCACACUAGGGUUGCCACCUCUGGCUCACGAUUAGCCAUACGGCUUGAUUAUGCACCACACUUACUGCGCUCGAUCGUACAGCCCUUGCAGAUGCGCGGUUCGGAAGGUGUUCACGAUGCGCUGGAAGUGAUAAAGGAAUAUCGUCUUCUGCGUGAAGACAUUGAUUCGCUGGUGGAACUAAGCACAUGGCCGAAACGUAAAAGCCUUCUCGAUUCAGUCGAUGGCAAGGUAAAAGCUGCCUUGACACGGGCGUACAACAAGGAGAUUGCUCCGUAUUCUUAUUCGGCACUGGCGACAGUGAAAAAGAAGGCACACGAUGUUGGACAGGAAGAAAUGGAUGGUCUGUACGAGGCGGAAGGGGAACAGGAUGGUGGAACGCAAGCGGAUUCUGAUGAGGAAGAAAAGGAAGAUAAGAUCGAUGACAAUGCUUUUAUCAAAAUUAAGAAGAAGACGGUAGGCGCGACGGGUGCUAAGGCCAACUCAUCCAAAACCACCGGUGGAAAGGGUAAGAAGAAAUGA